GGCGGCGGCGAAGGCGGUAGCUGAGUCUGAGGCGUUGGCAGGGGCGACUCCGCACGCGGUGGGCUCGGGGUCAGAGAAACAUGGCAGCAAGGCGAAUUGCGCAGGAGACUUUUGAUGCUGUGUUACAAGAAAAAGCUAACCGAUAUCACAUGGACCCCAGUGGUGAAGCUGUAGGUGAAGCUUUACAAUUUAAAGCUCAAGAUCUUAUAAGGACAUUGCCAAGAGUCAGAGCAGAUAUGUAUGAUGACAUUCACAGUGAAGGCAGAUACACUCUGAGCGGAUCUAUAGCUCACUCUCGAGAUGCUGGGAGAGGUGAUGUGUUUCCAGGGCCUUCCUUCAGAUCAAGCAACCCUUCUGUAAACGAAGACAACUACUUUCGCAAAGAAUGUGGCCGGGAUCUGGAAUUUUCCCAUGCUGAUUCCCGAGAACAGGUCUUUGGCCACCGGAAAUUGGGACAUUUUCGUUCUCCAGACUGGAAAUUUACACUCCGUGGCUCUUGGGAACAAGACUUUGGCCACCCAGUUUCUCAAGAAUCGACUUGGUCACAGGAGUAUAAUUUUGGUCCUUCUGCACUACUGGGAGACUUUGGGUCCUCCAGGCUGAUGGAGAAAGAGUGUUUGGAGAAAGAGAGUCGGGAUUACAACGUGGACCGUCCAGGGGAGGCAGACUCUGUGCUGAGGGGCAGUGGCCAAGUCCAGGGCAGAGGUCGAGGUCUAAACAUCGUUGAUCAGGAGGGUGUCCUCCUAGGAAAGGGGGAGUCUCAAGGCCUGCUCACACCUAAAGGGAGUGUUGGGAAACUUGUCACGCUGAGAAGUGUGAGCACAAAAAAAGUACCUACUAUAAAUCGUAGUACUCCCAAAACUCAGGUCACUAACCAAAUCCAGAAAACCACCCCAAGUUCUGAUGUGACCCUAGGUACAAACCCAGGGAUGGAAGAUAUCCAAUUCCCCCCUCAGAAGAUCCCUCUGGGGCUCAACCUGAAGGACAUUCGUCUCCCAAGAAGAAAGAUGAGUUUUGACCUCAUGGAUAAAUCUGAUGUUUUUUCAAGAUUUGGGAUAGAAAUAAUCAAAUGGGCAGGGUUCCACACCAUAAAAGAUGAUGUUAAAUUUUCCCAGCUUUUCCAGACUCUCUUUGAACUUGAAACUGAAACCUGUGCUAAAAUGCUUGCCUCAUUUAAAUGCUCCUUAAAACCAGAGCACAGAGAUUUUUGCUUUUUUACUAUCAAAUUUUUAAAGCACUCUGCUUUGAAAACACCCAGAGUUGAUAACGAAUUUUUAAACAUGCUUUUAGACAAAGGUGCUGUGAAGACCAAAAAUUGCUUUUUUGAAAUCAUAAAGCCCUUUGACAAGUACAUAAUGAGGCUUCAAGACCGACUUCUAAAGAGUGUCACACCCCUGCUCAUGGCCUGCAAUGCCUACGAGCUGAGUGUCAAAAUGAAGACCCUUAGUAACCCCCUGGACUUGGCUGUUGCCCUGGAGACCACCAAUUCUCUCUGCCGGAAGUCUUUGGCCCUUUUGGGACAGACAUUCUCCUUGGCCUCCUCUUUCCGGCAAGAGAAAAUUUUAGAAGCUGUCGGCCUCCAAGAUAUAGCUCCCUCUCCUGCUGCAUUUCCAAAUUUUGAGGAUUCCACUCUGUUUGGGAGAGAGUACAUAGAUCACCUGAAGGCCUGGCUGGUCAGCAGUGGGUGUCCACUCCAGGUUAAGAAAGCUGAACCUGAGCCAACUCAAGAUGAGAAAACGGUUCCUCCCGCCAAACUUGAAAUUCAGGCCAAGGCUCUCAGUGGUCUAACUGAUGCCGUCCCCCAGCGAGCAGGUCACAAGGUGGUGGACACCAUCGAUCAGCUAGUCACACGUGUCGUUGGAGGCAGCUUGUCUCCUAAAGAGAGAGCUCUUCUCAAGGAGGACCCUGCUUACUGGUUUUUGUCUGAUGACAGUAGUCUGGAAUAUAAAUAUUACAAGCUGAAGCUGGCAGAAGCACAGCGGAUAAGCCAGACCUCACCAGGAGUGGGUCAGAAGCCAAUGGCUGCAGAGUGUGCAGUCCGGGCCAUGCUUUAUGCCCGGGCGGUCCACAGCCUCAAGAAGAGGCUUCUUCCAGGGCAGCGGCGGGGGCUGCUCCGAGCUCAAGGGCUCCAGGGUUGGAAGGUGAGGAGAGCAACCACCGGGACCCAGACCCUCCUCUCCUCGGGCACCAGGCUGAAACACCACACCCAGCAAGCUCCAGGCUCCUUGCAGGGAAAGCCACCCCAGCCAGAUGGAAAUGAUGCUGCCAAGGACUGCCCACCAGACCCAACCAGGCGCUCUCCUCUGGACCUCAGCUCAGAAGCUGCGGGCCCAUCCCCCAAGCCAGCAGGAAUGGACAUAUCUGAAGCCCCUCAGAGCUCCUCUCCCUGCUUGUCUGUUGACGUUGACAUGAAGACCAUGGAGACUGCAGAGAAACUGGCCAAGUUUGUUGCUCAGGUGGGACCAGAGAUCGAACAAUUCAGCAUAGAAAACAGCACCGACAACCCUGACCUGUGGUUUCUACAUGACCAAAAUAGCUCGGCUUUUAAAUUCUAUCGAAAGAGGGUAUUUGAACUAUGCCCAUCUAUUUGUUUUACAUCACCUCCACUGAACCUCCAUGCCACUGAGAGCUCCCUAGAGCCCAUGGAAGGGGAAGGAGAGUUUUCAAAUGAGCCUCCUCACCAGCAGGUUGAGCUGGAGAGCCUACAGGUGAUGCCUGAGGAGGAGGAGGAUGAUGGGAUUGAGGAGGAGGAGGAUGAGGAGGCCCUCACUCCUGGAGGGCCCUCCAGGGCUGCAGGAACAGCUGCCAAGUCCGAGGUCUUCGAGGACAGCCCCACAGCUGAUGGCCUUCCAAGUGAGGCAGCUGAAGACAGCCCAGCUGGCACACCUGCCCUAUCACAGACCUGCUUUCCCCGGAAGAGGGUCAGCAGCAAGUCGUUGAAGGUUGGCAUGAUUCCAGCUCCCAAGAGGCUGUGUCUCAUCCAAGAGCCCAAAGUUCAUGAACCAGUUCGCAUUGCCUACGACAGGCCUCGGGGUCGCCCCAUGUCCAAAAAGAAGAAACCCAAGGACUUUGACUUCGCCCAGCAAAAACUGACUGACAAGAACCUGGGGUUCCAGAUGCUGCAGAAGAUGGGCUGGAAGGAAGGCCAUGGCCUGGGCUCCUGUGGGAAGGGCAUCAGGGAGCCCGUUGGCAUGGGUACGGCCUCCGAAGGGGAGGGGUUGGGCGCUGACGGGCAGGAGCACAAGGAAGACACGUUUGACAUCUUCCGUCAGAGGAUGAUGCAGAUGUACAGACACAAACGGGCCAACAAAUAGAUGAAAACCACUGGUGAGAAAGAUAAGCCUUGAAGCAACAAUUACUCUAAAAACGCCACCUCUGCCCCGGAUCCACCCUGGAACCAGAGCCCAAGUCAGUUCGGUGUGUACAUGAAAAACAAAUGUCUCUGCAGUUUUUGGUGCAGAGGUUAUGCUGGCUUUUCUUUUUCUUAAAGAAAAAAGAAUGCACCGUUUUCAGUCUGCUUUUGCCUUUCCUCCUCUUCCAAGUGCUUUGGGCAACAAGUCCCCUCUGAGUCUUUCCUGGUUCCCUCAGAAGAUAGUGCCACCCUGGCAUUUUGCUCUCCAGAAGUGUUCAGUUGGCAAACUUGAUGCUGAAAUGAUUACCAAUUGUGUCUUCUCAUUGUUUCCAGAAUUUAAAUGGAUGUAAUCUGUACUCUGGCUCCACAGCCUGCCGGUGGGAGCACUGAAGCUGUGAACAAGUGGAGAUACUUGAUUCCAUGAAUGUGUUAUUUAGAGUCUCAUCUCUUAAGUGCAUCCCAAGAGACUUAAAAUUUAGCAACAGUAUAAUACAGCUGUAUUUGAUGGGAACUAGUCACUACACUGAUGAAACUUCCCCCAAAUUUAUACUUCUUUUUAGAAUCCACAAAGAAAGCUACAGUUUGUUUUUUCUUUUUAAACCACAUGUGAAGUCUCCUACAAAGGGGUAGAGGUAAAGUCUUCAACACUCUUCAUUUUCUGCAUGUGUGGCAGUUGAAAUGUUUUGUUAGGGCCCUUUUACAGAAUAGGAAAGAUCCUCUUGGGGUGGGCCUCACAGCUGUUUGCUAUUUCAAGCCACCCCUUCCAGCUUCUCCCAGUGCUUUGCAACUACAUGUUAAAUUCUCAGACUGUAGUAUUCUUAACGCUUCUUCCUAAAACAGCAGUAUUGAAGUUUUAAAUAUGUGCUAAAAUCUAGACAACUUGGUCGUACUGAUAGUACAAGCUUGAGGAACACAGCAGUGAGUUACCUUGUCAGCUGUUUUUAUUGGCUGUCAA